AAAUACUUAAAAAAAACUUAUAAUUAAAAAAUACACUCACAGCUAGCCCACACUACACUUAGUCAACACUAGUCAACAUUGCAGGUAGAGUGAGGGAACUGCAAUUUGUGGUCCUUGCAGGAUUUGGACCUUGGAUUUCCUGGCUCAUUCUUCACAUUAGUUCUGUAUGCUGUGAAAGAUGACAUUUCUCUUCUCCUCCUUAAUAGGGGGGGAAGUGGAAAUUCUAAUCUACUAUAGGGAAGGGGGGGGAGAGAAUGUGUACAUCCACCUCAAUGAAUAUGGGGUAUAAAAUGUGUUCAUGUGUGGCUGAAAAACACCGAAGACGGUCAGAGAAAUCCAGUUCUUGUGAAAGGAAGUGGGUCAUGGGGUAAGGAGGUCAACCAUAGGAAAUCGACAAGCCAAAGCCCUCCUUCACACGCCCCCAGGUUAUAAAAAUGCACACGCAUCGACGCGUGUUAGCUAGCACGCCUUCAGAGAAAAGCUCUGCAACUUGCUCCUUGCCCGGCCUCAGUUCACAAAACUUUCUGUCCUUUGCAAUUAAUGCACAACUGCAACUUCUCCCCCCUGCCUGCCUCCCUCCCUCUUUCUGCCGGUCUUGCGCGUGGCGUCCGUUCUGAGCUCCUCUCCUAGGAGGCAACGCGGAGGAAGAGGGAGCGGAGGAGAGAAGCUGCAGCAGUUGGGAAAAGGCGGGUAGUUCAAAACUGAGCGAGGGAAAACCACGGCAGGCGCACGCGGGCAGCGCAGCGGGAGGCGUUUCUCUUUCUCGCUUAGGGCAACGCUCUGGGGCUGAGGCGAGCUGGAGCGGGGGAAGCCCAGAGCUGCUGCUGCUGCUGCUGCUGCUUUUUCUCCAACAGGCAGAGAGCCGUGCUCUUUCUGCAUAGAUCUUGCGCGCAGCCCCUGCCAGUUCUUAGGAUGGGUGCGAAUUCGUUCCCUUUUAAAAGCCCUCUUUAAUCACUCUUCCCAGCCGCCGCCCCCCACCCAUCUCUUGCUCCACAUGUGGGAGCAGAGCCCUUUUCACCGUCUCCAUUGACUUGUGCGAGGAUUUGGGGCGUGUGGAACUGCUGCUGGUGGUGUUUCGCACUCAAGGUUAAAAAGGUACUGGUAUUUUGAUUUUAACAAUAAGGAAACGACUCAUGAGAAGCGACUCCUGCCUUUCAAAUUCACAAGCUGAGGAUCAUAGUUCUAAAUUCUAAACAUCUUCCAAGCAAUUGAGGAAGAUGACACUUGGUAUCUUGUGUACAGGUGAUAAUUUCCUUUUGCUUCAUAAAGCUGGUAAUUACAACUUGCCACCAACGGAGGUUCCAUUUUGCAAUUUUCCUAAGCAAUAAACAGUGUGUAUAUAUCUAAGCCUUUAAAAAAAUAGUAAGUUUCCACUUUCCAGGAGUCGUUUGAAAAGCUCCUCUGUACUUUUAAGUCCACCACUGAAUGAGACAUGAUUUGCAGCUGAUCAGGAGUGCUUACUAUCACAGAGGGACAAGACACAAGCAAAAAGACAGGGAAAUGGGGAGAGAGAAAUUAACUUCUGAUUCAGUGUUAGAUUAAAAGUACAGGGGAAACCUCCGGGUUGUGAUCUGACAACCCUAAAGCCAUCUGUGCAAGUGGCUAUAGCAACAACUGUGACAGUUGAUUCUCUAGGUAAAUGUUUGUAUUGUUUGAAGUACUUCCAUCUCCCUAGUAGCAAGUUCAGAACAAUCCGUUUUGUUAGAUGACCCUUGGUUCUCCUGUGUUGAGAACGUGAAUAACACUUCUUCUAGUUACUUUCUUUAUAUUGUUCAUGGUUUUUAUAAUUCUGUCUCAUGUUCCUUCAGCUGUCUUUACUUUAAGCUAAAAACUUAGCUACUUAAGCCUCCUUUUUAUUUUACAAGGAAGACACUAAAAAUGUCAGUUUGUUCUCUGCGUCGGUGUGUUAGUCUUGUGCCUUAAAGAGUGAAACAUUUAUAAUUCACAAUACCUUUGUAGAGUCCACUUCAUCAAACACAUGAAAUGUUAUCCCAAGCACACGGUACAAACUUAACUGGAGGGUGGAGGUAGUAACUGCAUUACAAAUGCAUUUUAAGACUCUAUAGGUCUACCUUGGAUUAUAAUUGGAAGGCAGUGCAGGAUUUGGGAGACCUCAUUUAUACUGUCAGCUGAUAACCUACCAUGGGAUAGGUUGCUGUGUUCUGCACAACCUAUGAUUCCCAUACAAUCAUAAGAAACUUUGGCCCACCAUAUACUAAAGUCUAAGAAAGCUAUGCUAUGUUUUGUAAUAGCAAAUGUUUUUGUCCCUCAGCAUCCUAGGUGAUGCCUGUACAGUUGUGGAGUAUUUAUUUAACUUCAGCCUCCUUGUGACUCCAUCAGGAUCAUAACCAGUUCCAAGCACAAGAUGUCAGAAAGCCACUCAAUUCUAUCCAGUAUUCUUAAAAGAGGCAGACUGACCUCUCCCGGCAACAGUGCAAGAUAUUUCAGCUUUAAAGAUUCUUGCUCCCCUUCCAUAUUUCAUGACAGUGGAUACAAUGGAUCAUUAAAAGACCCAAGCUUUGAUUAUAAUGAUGCAGAACAUAAAGGCGAACAGAAUGACACAGGCCUGCCUGAAUAUUCAAAACAUGCACAUUCUAGUUUAAGCACUUCAUUGUCUCCCAUUGACCAUGAAAAUGUUAUCUUUUUAUCAGAAAGAAAGGAACCAAUUACACAUACAGAUUUAUAUGAAACACCAAAAGUUGUUAAAAAAGACUUGUCACUCCGCAGAAGAUUGCUUGUGUCUAAAUCAGCUUCUGUUGGUUCUUUGGGGUGUUCUGAAAAACAAGUAUCUUCAGGGAGCCGUCAGAAAAAAGCAUGUUUAGCUCACUUUCUUAGUCUUGAUGAAAUAAUUUCAAAAUGUGCCUUGGAUUCUCCAAGAGAGAAGAGCUACAAGCCUUUGGCUACUAGUACUUUAAAAAGUGAGGACCCUAUUUCUGGUUGUCAGAAACUCAGGCUUGUUUUCUCUCAGCAGAGGACAUCUACAAUAGAUGAUUCAAAAUCUAAAGGCGGCUGCUUGUCCGAGCCAGGUUGUUUAUCUCCAAUCCAGCCUAAAUCAUCUACAAAUACACCUAAUAUUUUUAUUGACAAUGUUCUUAAUAGUUUUAAUGAUCAAAGCACUUGUCCAGAAUUGAUUGAAACUCCUAACUGUACAUUGUCUGAGACAAAUGAUGAUAGAUUUAUCACACCCAUCAAUAGUCUUGUAGAAGGAUUUAGUCUUAAUAUAUCUGAAAUAAAUACCCCUCCAGUUAAAGAAAUAAGUGACUUGAGCCUAUCAACCCCUGGUAGCAGCAGCAGCUAUAAUUCACUUAGUUUAGAUAAAUCGGAGGAGUCCUUGUCAGAACAUGAGGGGUCUUUCCAAGAACUACUUCAAAAACGUACGGAAUCAUCUAGCACUCUAAACUCUAAAAGAAAGGUAAGAAAGCUACAACGCUCAAGAAGAUUAUCCACACUUUCAGAAUGUGGUUCCCAAUCAGAAAAAGAGGAGGACUGUGAUACCACUGUUGCUCAUUCAAAAUGCAUACUAAAGAUAGCUGGCUCUAUCACCGAAAGCAAUGAAUUGGUUUUUCAUGAGGAUGACAAAUGCAUGGCUCCAGAUUUUGGCAGUCUGUCAAGAACCCCUGCUUUGCAGAUAGUGCGUGCGCUAUUUAUGCAAAACAGAAGUAAAAGAACAAAACAAGAUGACCUGCUGAAGAAAAUUGAUGGAGUUGACAUAUCUGCGCUGAAGUGUAUUGUGGCUCAACUCAUUGGCAGGAAAAUGGGCAUUGAGAAACUAGAUAUAUUAACAGAAUUAAGAAUCAGAGACUUAAGACAUGUUCUUACUUUGAUUUUAGAUAUCCUGACUGUGGAAAGCCUAUGCAGUAUGUGGAAAGUAAGCAGGAACUGGCGAGAAAUUGUUAUACAAGAUAGACAUGCGAAUCGGAGGAGAAAGUUGUACAUAAAACAGCUGGCAGUUGAAGCUAAGAGACACCUGCCAGAUACUGAAGAUGCUGCCACUAGACUUCUGAUGACCAGAUUUGCACUACGAUCAGUCCAGGCUCAAGCAAAACCUGCUGUAUUACAAAUGCAGCCCUCUUGUGACGAGUCUUUGACACCUCGUGGAUGCAGCCCUGUUCUUCAGUCAGCUAGCAAAGAAGAAGUGUGUGUAAAGGUUGCCCAAUCCCUCUUCAGUGAUGAAGCUUUAAAACCUUGUCCAAGAUGUCGGUGUCCUGCAAAAUACCAAGCCUUUCAAAAAAGAGGACUCUGUAGCCGGGAAGACUGUGCAUUUGACUUCUGCACUUUAUGUCUUUAUGCCUUCCACGGAUCAAGAGACUGUAGCAGUCCAUCUGCUAAACGACAAAACAGAAAAGAUGCUCUGCCAGGAAGUGCAAAAAGCAAGAGAAACUUAAAACGUCUCUAAAUAUCUUCAAAUGAAUGGAACGUAUUUCCCCUCCCCCUCAAUUCUAUUUUGUAUAGGUAGCACUUUUAAAUAAUUAUGCAUUUUGAAAGUAUUACAUAUUGUAAUUUUGACCAUUAAUCAAGUUGAUAAUUUAAUUCUAUGUGUAAAUAUCCUAAACUUGACUUUUGAUACAUUUCAGAAAAAAGUGAAAACAUUUUAAACUCUUUGUCUUGGUGUUUGUCACUUUGCCAGACACAUUCAAUGAGAUUUCAAUAAAGUACUUUCAAUGUAGUUUUUACUACAUCUUA